GUAGACAGGGAACGAUGUUUCCGUAGCAACUGCGGCCGGCCCGUUAACUGCAGCCGCCGUACCGGAGCUCAUUUGGGGGGGAUUGUCGUCGGUAACCGGAGUCCAUAACCGUGUGUGGGCGUAGAGACACGGGGCGACGCAGUAUCGAGGUGGCGGGCCCGCAGUUCCGUGUGGAGAUGCUGAAUAUGUGGAAAGUCAGAGAGCUGGUGGACAAAGCCACCAAUGUGGUGAUGAACUACUCUGAGAUCGAGUCCAAGGUGAGAGAGGCCACCAAUGACGACCCCUGGGGACCCUCAGGACAACUGAUGGGAGAGAUAGCCAAGUCUACCUUCAUGUAUGAACAGUUCCCAGAGGUGAUGAACAUGCUGUGGACCAGGAUGCUGAAGGACAACAAGAAGAACUGGAGACGGGUCUACAAGGCUUUACUUCUCUUGGCCUACCUGAUCAGGAAUGGGUCUGAGAGAGUCGUCACCAGCGCCAGAGAACACAUUUAUGAUCUGCGGUCACUAGAGAACUACCACUUCAUUGAUGAGAACGGUAAGGAUCAGGGCAUCAACGUGCGUCAGAAGGUGAAGGAGAUGGUGGAGUUUGUGCAGGAUGAUGAUAGACUGAGAGAGGAGAGGAAGAAAGCCAAGAAGAACAAAGACAAAUACAUCGGAGUCUCUUCAGACAGCAUGGGAGGAGGGGGAGGCGGCACCUUUAAGAACUCUGGGAGUAGCGAGUUGGACCGGAAUAAGUGGGAUGAAGAUUGGGAUAAGAGCAGAGGAGCAUUCCCCUUCAGUGAGAAGCUCGGAGAAAUCAGUGACAAGAUUGGCAGCACCAUUGAUGACACACUCAACAAGUUCAGGAAGAAGGAGCGAGACGACUCCCCUGACAGAAUCAGUGACAGUGAGGAGGACCGGGUAUCCAGGAACGGGCGGCAGGAGAAACUAGAGUUCAAAGAUGAGGAGGAAACGGUAACAACCAAGAGCAUCCAGAUCACCCAAGCAACAGAAACCACAACCACCACCACGCGGAAACGCAGCGGAGCCACAGGCAGCAAGACUCUGGACCUGGGUGCUGCAGCCCAUUACACUGGAGACAGGAGCCCAGAGGAGAAGCCAUCAGUCAGGCAGUCGUCCAGUAGCGGUCUUGCAGACCUGUUGAUGGUUGACCCUUCAUCUAAUCAGAGCACUACAACAGGUGGCAGUUCAGACCUUAUUGGUGGCUUUGCUGAUUUCUCCUCUCCUGCAGCCUCUGCCAGCCUCCCAUCCACCACCGGUGCAGCAUCAUCCAAUGGAAAUGGAGAAUUUGGAGAUUGGAAUGCCUUCUCAGCCAAUCCCCCAGCUUCCUCCAGCACUGGUCCCUCCCAGCCCGUCACUGACCUGUUCAGCAGCAUCCAGUCAUCUUCAGCUCCAGCCUCUAAUCCUGCCUCUGUCCCUCCUUCUGCUGAGCUCUUUGACCUGAUGGGCGGGGUUAACCAUCAAUUAACCAAUCAGCAUACGACACUGAGCGCUUCUCAGAGCAUGACUUUCUCUCUGGGCGGAGCACCACCAGGCACUACUGUUGCCAUGCCCACCAUCCCUCUUUCUCGCUCCCAACAGAGCCUGGGAGGCCUGAUGUCCCAGCAGCCCAUGGGACAGCAGCAGAAGGUAGGGGUUGGAGGUCAGGGAUCAUUAGGGUCAACCUGGUCCGACCCCUCUGUAAACAUUAGCCUGGACUUCCUAUCAGCAGGCCUCAACCCCACCAAGACACCACCCACUCUGAACAAUAUCAUCCAGCAACAAGGUGUGCCUCCCGUCAACUUACUGGCCCAGAACUUUGGAGGGUUGAACCUCAACUCCCCACCCUCUGUCACACCCAUCAGACCAACAACCAAUCCCAUGAUGGCAGGGAACACCAUGACGAUGGGCAUGCCGGCGUCUAUGGCAGCUGGUAUGCCGGCCUCAAUGGCAACGGGUACCAUGGGGAUGGGCGGAAUCCCUGUCAACCAAGGCGUGAUGGGAAUGAACAUGAGCAUGAAUAUGGGCAUGGCGUCUCCAGUGAUGAUGGGUGGCAUGGCUGGUAUGGGGAUGUCAGGAGUAGGGAUGCCAGCCAUGGGCCUUGCACACUCCAUCACCCCAGCAAUGGUGCCACCCAAACAAGAUGCCUUCGCUAACUUUGGCAAUUUCGGGAAAUGAAGGAGUACUCAUGGUUGUGUGGGUGUGUUUGAGAGAAAGCGUGUGUGUGUGGGAGUUUGUGUGAGAGAGCGAGACAACAGAAGGACUACAGUACUUGAAGUAAACAUUGUGGGUUUCCCUCUCAGCUCCUGUUUUCUCUGAUCAUCAAUCACCACUGAUUUUUCACCAUCUUGAUUUGUGGACAAGGUCUUCACGGUAGGGAGAGGGGGCCCAUUGGUGCUGUAAUGUGAUGCGUAAAAUUCUUAUAUACACCCAAUUAGGGGCACCCAAUACGCUUCAUUGCAACAGUCAUCUGGAGAAGGCAGAAUACAUACUCUAGUUGCCCAGCAGAGGGCAGGAUAGGAGUGUGCAUUGAGAAAAUAAGGUCUUGUUACUCCUGAGCCUGAUUCAAUAGAUGAAUUGCAUAUUACCAUGGAAAAGAUCUGUCCUUUUCUCUUUGUCUACCCUGUCCUCUGUUUAAAUCAGGUUGCUAUUCACAGCAAAUAGACAUAUGCAACAGGGCACCUAGUAUUGCUGUGCAGAAGUAUAAAUGAUGAGACGACUGAAACCUUCAGUUGAACUGCACAGAACAGAGGUAAACGGUGAAAGAGGGAGUAGAAAAGUGGCCCAGGUUCUUUUAAGUAUUUGGCUACUGCUUGACUCUGGGUUUCCUUUAUUUAUAUCACAGUUAUACAGUCUGUUCCAGUUAGGAGUGAUGACUGUCCUCCCCUCUACACUUGGGGUGCCUCUGCCAGAUAAAUGCCUUGUUGUUUGGUAACAGUCUGAUGGAAGAGUCAGUCAGUAUUUCAAUCAUAGCACUAUUCAAUGAUAACUUCUCUUCUGCUAUUGUGUCACCUCAGGGUGCUGUUGCCACACCCUUGUCUUCGCAAAAGCAAAGCAUUCAGCCAUUUUCAGUAUGCAUUCAUGUGACCUACAUAGAAAUUAAAAUUCUACUCCAAUAUUAUAUGCGCACGCUAUUAACUGAAUAUAAGUAGAGAGUAAAGGUUUUGGGAGUAAGAUAAAUUAAAGUAAGAGUAUUUUGAAGUCAACAUGGACACUGAUGGUGAGAAAAGAGGACAAAUUACAGUUAAUUACUUUUUCAAGACUGGCCAUCUCAGUCCUCACUAUGUCUCCCACGUGUUAAAAGCAGUGGCACUCAGGACAGUUUUCGGUCAACUCAGACUUACCCAUGGUUCUCUCAGUUAUGUUAUUUUAAUCACAACAUCGUUGCCAGGAACCAUUUUAAUAGAUUUUUACCAACAGCUGCUGGGAACAGUGUGAACCUGCAUUGCCCAUUGCCUGCUAAACCACCACCAUUACAACUGAGAAGGAAUAGAGAGCAGUUUUUUUCUGUUAACUGACACUGAUCCAAAAAGUUUUUGGGUCUUGAGUUACGUGCGUGUGUGUGUGUGUGUGUGUGUGUGUGUGUGUGUGUGAGUGAGAGAGUGUGUGUGUGAGAGAGAGAGAGUGUGAGAGAGAGUGUGUGUGAGAGAGAGAGAGAAACAGAUUGAGUGUGUGUAUGACUGUGUAUAUGGGUCUAGUUUUCUCUCUGUUUGACGUGCAAACACAGCUAAGCAGAACCUCUUGUCAUGUUCUGAGGCACUGCGCUCCAAAUGACCAAAUCUUUAUUUUGUUACUCUCAGAAGGAUGAUUCCAUAGCUAUUAGUUUAAUAUUUUAAUAGUUAUAUGGUUAAGUUCAUAUACUCAUGUUAUAUGAAUGCGAGAGCUACUGAAAACAUAAAUUAGUUGAAAUGAAAAUGUGAAAAAAUGGAAGAAUAAAUCACUUUCAUUGUUUUUGUGUUUCUUUUCAGUACAGCUUGUUUGAUUUGAUUGUACUCAACAAUAUUUUCUGUACAUCAACAGUUAAUUAAAUUAUGACAUGAAGGAU